AUGGCAGAAUCUAAUCUAGUCGAAAUAGACAAACAACGCAUUCCGUGAGAGCAAAUUUCACUGCCCUUCCUCUCUGCUAUCUCCGAAAUUUGAUACAGGCCAAUUUUCAUUUUCCUUCCUCUUCUCGCCUUUUUAUUCUUUAAUUAAAGCACCUGCACUCCUUCCCUCCAUCUCUCUCUCCCUAAUUUGUGUUUGUGUGCGCUAUUUUCUUGGCGAUAGAUCCCAAGCUCACAAUUUUCUUUCAAGAACUGCCUAUUACUGAAUUGAAACUUACAAAAACAUGGCUGAAAAUCCCAUUUCAGGUGGUUUCCAAAGUCUCUCCCCCAAUAUAAAUGGAGGGUCAGUAGAUGAGAGUUCCCUUGUCAUUUGCUUUGGGGAAAUGUUGAUAGAUUUUGUUCCGACCGUAGGUGGAGUUUCACUUGCUGAAGCUCCUGCCUUCAAAAAAGCUCCAGGUGGUGCUCCAGCUAAUGUUGCUGUUUGUAUAGCGAAGUUGGGAGGUUCCUCUGCGUUUAUUGGCAAGGUAGGAGAGGAUGAAUUCGGGCAUAUGCUAGCUGACAUAUUAAAAGAAAGCAAAGUUAAUAUCUCUGGUGUGCGGUAUGAUCCCGAUGCAAGGACUGCACUGGCAUUUGUUACUCUCAGAGCCGAUGGUGAGCGUGAAUUCAUGUUUUUCCGUAAUCCUAGUGCUGACAUGCUUCUUCGUGAGUCAGAAAUUGAUAUAGACUUUAUUAAGAAGGCAUCCAUCUUUCACUAUGGUUCAAUUAGUUUGAUCAAAGAACCAUGUAGGUCAACACAGCUUUCUGCAAUGGCUAUUGCCAAGAAGUCUGGUAGCAUCCUCUCUUAUGACCCAAAUCUGAGAUUGCCCUUGUGGCCUUCAGAAGAAGCUGCUCGAAAGGAGAUAAUGAGCAUAUGGAACCAGGCAGACGUUAUAAAGAUAAGUGAGGAGGAGAUUACAUUCCUGACUGAAGGUGAUGAUCCAAAUGAUGAUGAUGUGGUGUUGAAGAAGCUUUUUCAUCCUAAUCUUCGUUUAUUGCUAGUAAGUGAAGGAAAGGCUGGCUGCAGAUAUUACACAAAGCAAUUUAAGGGAAGAGUUCAUGGUGUUCAAGUCAAACCGAUCGACACAACUGGUGCUGGUGAUGCAUUUGUUGGUGGAUUUCUAUAUUGUUUAGCUUCUGAUAUGAAUCUUUAUCAGGACGAGAAUCGGUUAAGAGAGGCUCUCUUUUUCGCCAAUGCUUGUGGUGCCCUCACUGUGACAGCAAAUGGAGCUAUUCCUGCCCUGCCUACAAAACAGGCAGUCCAGCAAAUAAUAGCAAAAGCCGCUGCAUAAGAAAUAAAAAACGCACCCCCCCCCCCCCCCCCCCCUUCACUUUUCUUUCGAUAAGUGAUCACAGAACUUGACUGCUUGUAUCUAUGUUUUGUGGGUAGAUAGGGGAAAGAUCUCUGAUGAAUCACGAGGAAACAGAAAAUUAUGCUAGAAUAAAAUUUUUGUAACAUCCUGGGAUCUUAGAAUUGUCUAGAUGUACCAGAUGAUGUUCUUCUUUGCAUUAUAAAUCAGUUUCAGGAUUAAUGCAGUCAGGAAGUGAUACAAGUAAAUAAAGUGUGAACAUGUGAUUGAAUGUGGAGAUUGCGCCAUUGGAAGGUUAACAAGCAUCUGAA